AUGGCGACUCCAGAUCAUUGUCUCUAUUGUUUCGAAGUUUUAACUGCUCAUCUCGAAAAACGACAACCAUUAGGUUUGGAAAAGGUUCAGGAAUUAUGGACAUCUUAUCCUAAAGGUCUCGAAUUACAAAACACCGAAGAAGAGGAAGAAGAAGACGUUGAUCUUCAAAUUACUGGUUCUCAUCCACCAAAAACAAAUCCAAGACCAGAUCCAAAUUCAACCACAAAUUCAGCACGUCAUCCUAUUCUCCAACGAAUUACACGAUCUGCUUCCGGAACCAGUACACCAUCUUCUAGUUCCUCCGAACGAACAUCAGCCUCCAAUUCCACAUCUACGACUACUCCCUCUAGUUCAACCACCUCAUUUACCCCCAUCGGUAUCUCCCCUACUCCUCGUCAAACAACCCAACUCUCCCCUCCCCGCAACCUCCGCGAAUGGUCCACCCCCCUCUUCGUAACCUGGAAUACUCUCUCCUCCUCCUCACAACCCCAUCAACAAUCUCCUUCUCUACGCGGCUGCAUCGGUACUUUCUCCUCCGAACCCCUCCUCACAUCUCUACCCGAAUACGCAAUAAUUUCCGCUCUGCACGAUUCCCGCUUCGAUCCCAUUACACUGCGGGAACUCCCAACUCUCGAGGUUGCCGUCACUUUACUAACGGAUUUCGAAGAGUGUGCUCAUCCGCUCGACUGGGAAAUCGGAGUUCAUGGGAUCAGGAUCAGUUUUUAUCAUAAGAAUAAGAGGUUUGGAGCGUGUUAUUUACCUGAUGUGGCGGUGGAGCAGGAGUGGGGAAAAGAAGAGACGGUUGUUAGUGCGAUGAGGAAGGCGGGCUGGGGAGGAAAGAGGGAGAAGUGGAGGGAAGUGAGCCAGUUGAGUGUUGUCAGGUAUCAGGGAAGAAAAGAAAGUGUUAGCUGGAAGGAAUACAAUGAGUGGAGGACUUGGGUAGAGAAACAGGGCAAAAAUGUUGAGACGAGGAAUUAG